AUGUCCGACGCGGCGUCCGACUAUGGCACCGUCGUGCAUCGCUCCGACGUGUCUACUGUGCCGCCCAUGUUUCAGCCUGCGUGGAAGGCGACGCCGGCACGCGACCGCUUCCACGGGAUGGGCGGCGAUAUGUUUUCGCCGCUCAAGCUCCAGCAAAUGUUCCACACACCGAGCCCCUCGAGCCGCGACGAGGACGUGCCGGCGGUGCAGGCACCGUCUGUAGCGGCGCCCCUCGCGCCAGUGCCGUCGCAGCGCGAAUUUACCUUCCGGGCUCGAAACGUGCCGACCUCGACGCCGAUGCCGCCACGCCCCGCGUCGCACGGCCGGCCGCCGCCCAGCACGCCUGGCGGCCCACCCGUUCCGCUGCGGCUCAUCCACAUGAAUGUGGAUGCACGCGUCCGCAGCGGCCUCGAGCAGCUCGCCGAGGAGAAGAGCCGCGAGGCCUCGCGCGACGAGUCGUCGCCGAUGCCCGACCUCGACCUGCGGGAGAACAAGCGCAUGCGCCUCGGCUCGUACGCGCUGAACGAGCGCCGCUUCCCUCUCGCAUACCGUCGCUCGGGAUCAACGCCACGCGCGCCGAGCAGCGGCUCGUUUCCGCGCUCGAUCCUCAAGGGCGGCACGGCGCUGGGCGAGACGCCCCGUGGCCCCGCGUCGCGCUCCAUUAGCUUUGCGGACCAGCUGCCAUCGCGCGUCGCAGAGCUCACGCCCCGCACUGCACGCCUCGACCACGUGCUGGAGGAACUGGAGCACAUGAACCUCACGCAGUCUGUGCGGGCGCGCCCCGCGCCGCCGCCCGACACGGAGCGCUCCGUCGUGACGAAUGCAUCGUUCCGCCUUACCAAGGACAAGCUCGUUGAGCUGCUCACGGACGUGGCGCCGUGGGAGCCCGACUGGGCGACACUGAAGAAGAUCGAUUUGCGCGCCCGCCGGCUCGAGUCGUGCAUCGGCCUCAGCGAGCACCUGCCGCAGGUUGAGGAAGUGUGGAUAGACCACAACCUCGUCGCGUUUGCGAUGGGCCUGCCGCCGUCGGUCCGUGUGCUGACUGCGUCGCACAACCGCCUCUCGGAGCUCGCCUCGUUCGAGCACCUGCAGCGCCUCGAGGUGCUCGACGUGUCGCACAAUGAGCUCACGUCCCUUUUACCCUUCCAGCACCUCCCGCGCCUGCGCGAGCUCCGCGCGGACCACAACCAAAUCCGCGACCUGCACGGCCUCGGGACCUGUGCCGCGCUGCACCGCCUGAGCCUCGCGCACAAUGCGAUCGGUGGCUCCAUGGAGCUCAAGGCGCUGCGGUGGCCCCACAUGGAGCACCUCUGCCUCGCCAACAAUGCGAUUACGCACCUGGGCGGCCUCGAGAGCCUCGCGGCGCUGCGUACGCUGGACGUGGAAGCGAACGACCUCGCAGAGCUGCGUCUCACACGCACGCUGCCACAGCUGCGCGUGCUCCGCCUGAGCGACAAUGCGCGCCUGGACCACCUCGAUGUGGCGUGCAUGCCGCGUCUGCGCACGCUGUAUGCGGACCGCUGCCGCCUGCGUGCCGUGCAAGCGCUCGACGCGGCGCACGAGCUGCGCAGUCUCUCGCUGCGGCAGCAGAGCGGGCGUCUCGCCGUGCCGCUGGCGCUCCCGCCCAGGCUGGAGCGCCUGUUCCUCGCAGGCAAUGCGCUUGGCCCGCUCGCACUCACGACGUCGACGCUGAGCGAGCUCGUGUACCUGGAGCUCGCCGGGUGCCAGCUCACGGCGCUGCCCACGGACCUGCUGUCCCGCACGCCGGCGCUGCGCACGCUCAACAUGGACCACAAUCCGCUGGCGGCCCUGCCGCCCCUUGCGCCAUGGCGCCGGCUCAAGCGCCUGAGCGCCGUGGGAUGCCGCCUUGCGCGCCUCGAGGACGUGGUGCACGCUGUACAUGGCCUGCGCGAGCUGUGCGUGCUGGACGUGCGCGCCAACCCGUGCACACUGGGCCUGUAUGCGCCGCUCGUCCUGCCCAGCGAGGGCGCGGCCAGCGCGCCCGGCGCGUGCGAGUGGGGCCCGCCCGUGCCGCACCCUGCGAUUGUGCAGCCAGACGCGGCAGCCGCGCUCGAGCAGGCCGUCGAGGCGCGGUGGCGGGCAGCACAGGCGCUGGCAGACCGCUCGCAGUUCCACAAGCGCACGAUGCUGCUGCCGCCCGAGCCAGCGGCGCCCGCGCCAGGCGAGGCGCCAGGCGCCGAGGGCGCACGAGCCACGGCGCUCUUCCGUGCGGCCGAUGCGCGUUUCUGCGCGACGCUCCCGCGCGCCACGCUGCACAAGCGGCAGGUGUACCGUGGGCUGUGUGGCAUGGCGUGCGGCGCGCUCACGUGGCUCGACGGCCUCCAAGUCGACGAGCACGAUGUGCGCCGCGCCGAGCGGCAGCUACGACAUGUAGAGUAG